GCACCACUAGCCUUGUGUGAGGGCUUCUGCUUGCUUGGAGAAAGGUCUCUGUGGUGUGGAGGAGAGGAGAGGAGAGGAGAGUAUUGCCUGAAACUUAGGUUGGGAGGGCUUUAGUUAUUGGAAGUUGUUUGUAAUUUACUUCAGGUAAGCAAGAACGAGGGCAUGGCGGACACAGUACCAGCAGAGGCUUCUCUCAGGACUGCUCACUUCCAGCUCUUCAAUUCCAGCAUGAGGGACGAAGCAAGAAGACUGAGGACCUUUUCCCAGUGGCCAGACAGCUCACCGGUGCCUGCCUUGGAUUUGGCCGAGGCUGGGUUUUAUUUUGUGGGUCCGGGAGACCACGUACAGUGCUUCUGUUGUGGUGGUAUCCUGAAGGAUUGGAAAGCUGGCGAUUGCCCGAUGGUGGAGCACCUGAAGUUCUUCCCUUUCUGUGAAUUUGUUUACCAUGAGACUGCGCAGAACCAGCAACAGCUUCCUCUCCAGGGAAUAUUUGACUGUGUGGAUGGGCAGUUCCUCAGCCUCCUGCAGUGGAUGGACAUUGAGGAGGUAGCCCUGCCCGAUCCGCCAGCACACCCAGAAAUGGGGACAGAGGAGAUGAGGCUGUCAACAUUUCAGAACUGGCCGCAAAGUAGUGAGAUGCGUCCCGAGCAGCUGGCUAGAGCAGGAUAUUUUUACACAGGCCAAGGGGAUAUGGUGAGGUGUUAUUACUGUAAUGGAAGUGUGAGGAACUGGGCUGUUGGAGAUGACCCGUGGAGGGAACAUGCCAGAUGGAAUCCAAGGUGUGAAUUUCUGUUGGGGUCGAGGGGGAGAGAAUUUGUUAACAGUGUUCAGGAGUCCUUUGCCAGCUCUCGCCCUCCAGGACAUUCCAGGGAUCAGACUGAACAAGACUCUUCUGCUUCCCAAGAUCUUCUAAGGAACUGGAGGUCGCUGUCUCUUCCUUCUGUGGAUCAGUUUUCUGUAGCACACAAUGUCCUGGAGAUGGGCUUUGACCCACUCCGGGUGCUUAGCCUGGUAGACAACAAGUACGUGCUGACUGGGACUGAAUACCUGUCUGAGUCUGAACUGAUUUCUGAUCUGCUCCAGCUAGACUGGGAAGAGAACAGUGUGGAGGAAAGCAGAGAUGCUGAAACCUCACGGUCAAGAGAAGAAAUGCAGUCUGAGCAACAAAAGGAACCAGAAGCAGUUCCGUUGAGCACAGAAGAACAGCUCCGCCGCUUGCAAGAGGAAAGGACGUGCAAAGUGUGCAUGGACAGAGACGUGUCCGUUGUGUUUGUUCCAUGCGGCCACCUGGUAGCUUGUGGAGAGUGUGCCCUCAACUUGAGACUGUGCCCUAUCUGCAGAGCGGUCAUCCGGGAGAGUGUGAGGACUUUCAUGUCCUGAGCUAUGAUGUGCUAAACAGGAAACAUUAAUCUAUGCAAUCCACUCAUAAAACAGGAAGAAAAGUAGUUUAAUACUGUCUUAUUUGCAAGGCAGCCUGGCCUAAAACUUAUUAAAUGUGCCUCCUGGCACUGGCUAAAGUGAUGAUUUUAAAUGUAAUAUUCUAUCAUGUAGCAAAUAAAGGUUUGCCAGUACUAUAGCUUGCUAACUGCAGGGGAAAAAUGUUUUUAAAUUAGCUGUUCUUUCACUGAAUAAAGGCUUAUCUUACAGAGAUCUGA